UAAACUACAUCAAUAUUACCAGAAACUGGCUUACGUUUAACAUUUAAUUCAGGCCAAUUAUGUCAGUCUUUUCUGUAUAUAUCCUCAAAAUAAGGACUUCAAGUAAUUUUGUAAGAUCUCAUUAAUGUGAACAGUAGCAAAAACAAGUUUCACAUGAACAUAUUUUUGCGGUUUGGUCGUCAUUUUGCACUCACCCUUUCAUGUGACGUAAAUAAUUUAAAAUAUGUGGGCGACUCAACAUACAGUCAUUAAGUACAGGGCUGGGAUAAUAUAAAGAUUCUGACACUGAUUUUGAAUGUAGACACAGUUAUACCUGAUCUCAGAUCAUAAGCUGGGUCAUAAUACUGUGGAUCAAAAAUAAGUGAAGACAUACAGACCUGCCGUUGAUGUAAAAAGAACAUGUUUUUGGGUUAUACUGAGCAAAGUCUUCCAGUGGUUUAUCCCCCAAAAGGAGCUUUUGAGUUCAGCAGAAGAAGAAAAAAAUCUAAAAGUGCUGCACGUUUCACAAAAUGAUGGCAUUUUGUGGCCCAACCUGUGUUAUUAUUAUUUUUAAGUUUUAAACAGGUUUCCAGUUACUUUGGUACUACGAGUGUUACACAAUUAAUACAAACAAAUCAAAGAUAUUUUAAGAAGUGAAUUUAAAAAUAAAAACUACACUUAAAGGUACUUGUUCUUUUAAAAAUGGUAUAAAAGCUGUUUCUAUGACUUAAUUUCCAAGGAGAUAAACUAAAGCUGUAUCUGUGCUGUCUGUGGUUUUAGUCUGAUACCACUUUGUAACAGCAGAUGCUGCAGUGAGUCUGUCAUUUUUAUUUAAGGAGGUCAUUAAAAACACGUUCAUUGAUGGUGGUGCCCUGGAGAAAUGAAAUACCUCUUGAGAGAACGAGCUUCAAGCUAAAACAAAUUUUUAAAAAAAGAAAUGCCUAACAGUAACAGCUCAUAACGUCUCAGUAAACACGGUGAAACGCUGCCCUCUGGUGGAAAAAGUUUGAAUUACAUUUUGCACUGAUUAAAAUAAAUAAAAGUCACAUCAUGACACCAAGUCGUUUAAACUUCAUGGAUAACAAGUUGGAUCCAGAAACCAUUUUGAAUCCAUGACCACCGCUCUCUCCUUGUCCCUCCUGACUGCUUUGUCUAGUUUUGCUUUAUGCUUGCGUCCUUGGCACUAAUAGUGUGAGGUGGUGCCUGCAGGCUAGUCCAGCUCCUCCAGUGCCAUCAGAAGGUUUACUCUGUCUUCCAGCUGAGUUUUAAGAGUGUGGAGGAGUUACAAGGAGAGCCGGACAGGGCCAUAGAAGGUCAUCAGCCCAGCAGUGGGACCGGUAUCUGCUCCUUUGUGCCAGGUCCGAAAGCAGGAGCACUGCCAGAGCCCUACAAACUGACCUCCAGCUGACAACCUUUAGUGAGGUCUGUGCUCACAGCUCAGCGUCGUGAAGCUCGCCCGGCAGGUCCACAGCUGGAGUCCUGCCACAGUACCAGAUAUUUGCUCUAAACAAUUUGAAGAACACAGCUUAGAACAUUUUCUUUAAAAAAAAUAAAAAAAGGCAAAUCUGAGGUGUGUGUUGGGCUUUUUUAAACUGGGAUAAUUUGAUAACAAAAUUCAGGCAAACUCUGAUGAUUGUGUCAACGCUUUCUUUUUUAAUUCUAAAUUGUCAACAAAAUCAGGCAGACGAGCUGACAAUGAGAAGCAGACACCAAACAGACUGGAGGGUGGAGGUGUGUCAGGGUAAACAGCUCUAACCACCCUGCAGUGUCACGCUGUCUGUCUACAGCAGGUAAAUAUAGUAACUGGUGUCAGAUCCCUGUCCUCUCAGCCAGAGUGUUGUAGCUGCACAGAGGAAACAUGACAGGCCCUGAGCCUGAGCUUUGCAGGAUUGUCACACAUGUGAGACGUCUCUGAUGCAGAUGUGUUAAUCUGCUUUCAGCAACAACAACUUUGAAUCUGCAGGGACUCAGCCAACCCAACACCAAAGCACAAGGAUUCACCUGGUCUGACCGCGAUCAUUUAUUCUGGCAUCAUGGAGCUUGAUCGGUUCGGCAUUCACGAUGAGGAUGAUGAAGAUGAUGCAGCCACUCAGUACAUGAUUGAACAGAGUCUGCUGGAGAGCAACAAGCAGAAGGAGAUGCACAGAAACGCCACAACGCGGGAGGACAGGAGCAGCUCAGAAUCUGCAGACAUCAGCAAGAUCUUCACUGCUAUUAGACAAGGUAAUGAGAAGCUCCUGAAGGAUCUGUGUGUCAGACAGAAAGAGAGCUUUUCACUGGCAGACAGCAGAGGCUGGACGCCUCUCCACGAAGCAGCAUCUCAGAGCAACCAGAGCAUCCUGGAGCUCACGUACAAAGCUUCAGGCCCAGACUCAGUGAAGUGUUGCACGCUGCGAGGUCAGACUCCACUCUUCCUCGCAGUAGAACAUGGUCUUAUAGAAAAUGCCUCCUUCCUCCUCAAACAUGGAGCCAGCCCAGACAUCCAGGAUGACAACCAGGACUCGCCGCUAUUUGUGGCGAUCCGCUUAGACCGCCUUGACUUGGUGAAGCUGCUGCUCCUGCGUGGCUCCAACGUGCACCAGGAGGGUUGCCAUGGCCGUCGGCCCCUCCACGAGGCCUCACGGUUGGGCAGAAUGGAGAUGGUAAAGGUGCUGCUGGAGGCCGGAGCGAGGCCCGACCCCCGCAGCCACUAUGGCCUCACGCCGCUGGCUCUAGCAGCUCAGGAAGGUCACCUAGAGGUGGUGCAGAUUCUGCUGAAGAAAGGUGCUGACGUCUUCUCUCAGGCACAGGACGAGGCAUCCAUCAUGUAUGAAGCAUCAGCGUCUGGUAAUCCAGCCGUCAUCAGCCUCCUGCUGGAAUAUGGUGCCGAUGCCAACGUUGCCAAACACACGGGACACAUGCCAAUCCACCGUGUCGCUCACAGAGGACACCUGGAAGCUCUGCAACUACUGCUUCCUGUCACCUCUAUGAGGGACAUAAAUGACAGUGGGAUGAGUCCCCUUCACUCAGCUGCUGCAGGAGGACACACAAACUGCAUCAAGGUAUUGCUGGACGCAGGGUACGACCCCAACUACAUGCUCCACCCCUGGGUUCGCCGCAGCUACGAUGAUGAGAGGAAGUCAGCUCUCUUCUUUGCCGUCUCUAAUAAUGAUAUGCCGUCAGCAAAAUUGCUGCUGGAGGCCGGAGCCAUGACCAACCAGGACCCGGUCAAAUGUCUGCAGGUUGCACUGCGCAUGGGCAACUAUGAGUUGAUGGACCUGUUGCUGCAGUUCGGAGCCAACGUCAACUAUUACGCCAGGAUAAACACGACUCACUUCCCGUCAGCGCUGCAGUACGCUUUCAAAGACGAGGUGAUUCUCAGGAUGCUGUGUAACUAUGGUUACAAUGUGGAGCGCUGCUUUGACUGUCCCUAUGGAAACAAACCCCACAUCCCUGAAGACUAUGAGGGAUGGAGCGACAGCGUGAUCAAAGACACCAUGUUCUGCGAGGUGAUCACAGUUUCCUGGCUGAAACACCUGUCGGGCCACGUGGUUCGUGUCCUGUUGGACUACGUGGAUCACGUGACCAUGUGCUCCAAACUGAAGGCGGUUCUGAUGGAGCAGAAGCAGUGGCCGGACAUCUGCAGACUGCAAGAAAACACCCGCUGCCUGCAGCAUCUCUGCCGCCUGCGAAUCCGCCGGAGCCUCGGCCGCCUCCGUCUCCGGUCCCAGGUCUUCAUGAGCUUCGUGCCGCUGCCGGAGCGGCUGAAGGACUACAUCCUGUACCGGGAGUACAACCUGCUGCGGGGCCGGUGGGGCGGCAAUCCGGGCUGAUAAUUUAGAGGCUAAAAGAGGAGCGUGUUAGGCUGACAUACAAAUGUGUAUAUUUUUAUUUCACAAAGAAAAUGGGGGGAAAUUAAGGAGCAUGCAAAACAUGUGUUUUUGGUAGCGUUCGCAAGACAGCUCGAAAAGAUAGAUUGAUUGAAGGUCAAAGGCAACAAUUAGGAAAUGAUACUGGUGUAUUCUUAAUAUGACGUGUCACCUUUGACCUCUGACCUCACUCUUACAUUUCACAUCUGCCUUUUUUUCACCUUGACUCUAAAAUGUGUUUUAAGAGAAAAAGUGAGUCUAGUUAGUUACAAAUAUAAUGCAGAAUAAUAUUAUAUAAUAAGCUCGAGUUGUUCAUGACAAGUCAUUUACAAAUCAAUACAAUCAUCCAUUACCAACUGAUGCAUAAUGUUUUGUUUAAUCAUUUACAUUUAAAAACAACAAACAAACUGAAGAUGUAGAACAUACUAUACUAUUCCCUUAAAAGUAAAUACUGCCCCGAGAGCCAACUGUGCGAAUAUGUUAUUGUACACAUGCACAUUUUUAAAAUAAAACAAAACAUUUGCAGAUUUAAAAAUACAAAUAAUAAAAAAAAUUAAUGUUUUCUACAUCAAAGAAACAAUAAUGUAUUAUUAAGUCAUUUUAUAAUUAUUGUAUUUAAGUUUACGUUAGAAAAAAAUCAAGCACCAUCUUGUUUUUGUAAGGUUAUUUAUUUUGGAAAACAACACGUGGUAUCUGCUAAAGAAAGGUGUGAUGCGGGUCCCCAUUUCUUUACUGAUGCUACACAGGUGUACAGUAAGGUUAGAGAUCUGUAGGCUAUUGUAUUGAUAAAACAGCAGUUUCCACAGUGUUUUUAAUUAGUUUUAAUAUUUUUGAAUAUCCAAAUAAUGUGCGGGACUAUACAAACACAUUACCACAUGUCCUGGAUAUUUACGUUAUAAUAGCCCGUCAAUAUAAGAUUACAUGUUUUAUACACAUAUUGCUUCAGAUUGUUAAGUGUAAAUGUAUAAAAUGUGAUGUAACAGUAUAAAAUUGAUGUCAGUAUUCAACAUGGUGAUUUAUGACAAUGACAGCAAAAAUAAACAUAAUAAUGCUGCAAUUU